GUGGCACGGCCCCCAAAGAGCCUCAGUCUCGCCAGUGCAGGGAAACACGCCGGAGCUGGAAAAAGUGAGCGAAGCCACAAAUAUGCGUCUUCUGCCAGCGCUCUGGUGCAGCUGCUGUCUCUACCAGCGAGAGAGAGAGAGAGAGAAGAAAAACAGACAGACAGAGUGGGAGAAAGAAAGAGGGGGAGAGUGAGAGGGAAAGAGGGAGAAACAGAAGAAGACAGAGUGAGGAAUGAAAUUGGUGGUGUGGCGCCCCGAGCCCUUAGCACUGCCGGGAGCUGAUGUUCUUCUGCGUUGCUGUCUACUCUCCUCUGGUCACCAUGAUCAGGCGCACCAAGCCAGUGAUGGAUGAGAUUAUGCAGCAGGACAUCAGGCCACUGCUGGCUGUGGACAUUAUCGAACAACUUCACAAGCAGUUCGCCCUGCUCUCAGGAGGACGAGGCAGAGAUGGCGCACCCAUCAUCACCUUUCCAGAAUACUCAGGCUUUAACGAGCUGCCUGACGAGGACUUCGUUAACGUAGUCACGUAUCUGACCAGCAUACCCAGUUUGGAUGCGGCCAGCAUCGGCUUCAUAAUCAUCAUCGACCGCAGGCGGGACAAAUGGAGCUCAGUCAAAGCCUCUCUGGCUCGGAUAGCAGGGGCGUUCCCAGCUAACCUGCAGCUAGUGCUGGUGCUCAGACCCUCACGGUUCUUCCAACGGGCGAUUGCUGACAUCGGAAUCCGGUUACACCGGGAGGACUUCAAAAUGAAGGUACCGAUUGUAAUGCUAAAUUCCCUGUCAGAUCUACAUGGUUAUGUGGACAAAGGACAGCUGACCUGUGAGCUGGGAGGCAGUCUGCAGUACUGUCACAGCCAGUGGCUCCACCACCGCACAGCCAUUGAAAACUUUGCUGUGACGGUCAAAAGCACGGCCCAGAUGCUGCAAAAGUUUGGAACAGAUUUAUCAGAGACCGAGCUCCCCAACGAUGUGCAGUGCACCAAAGAUCUCCUCACUGCCCAUACAGAAAAACGCAACAAGCUCAAGGAUGAGCUCAAGUUAGCCAUGAAUCAGGGUACCACUCUGCUGUCCUGCAUUAAAGCCCAAGCCAGUAAAACAGAGAGCCACGUACUAAACCCUGAUGAAAUGGACAACCAGACCACGGUCGAAAGGUUGAUGGCUCAGCUGGACGAAACAGAAAAUGCCUUUGAACAGUUCUGGUCGAAGCAUCAUGUGAAGUUGGAACAGUGUUUACAGCUCAGACACUUUGAGCAAGACUUCAGAGAGGUGAAAGCCUGUCUGGACAGCCUGAUGGCAGCUCUGAUGUGGCUCUCAGACCUCGGAGACUGUGUAACUGGUGUGGAGCAGAUCUUGGCUGAUCUGAGGAGGUUGGAGACCAGCGCGGAGGAUUGUCUGGAGAAGGCCCAGCUGCAGGCUGGUCACGGAGAACAGCUCAUCCAGAGUGGUCAUUAUGCCGUCGACUCCAUACGGCCGAAGUGUGUGGAGCUGCACCACAUUUGUGACGACUUCAGCAACGAGACCAAAAAGAAAUACGAUGUCCUGUCCAAAUCACUUGCCAUCCACACGGGCAUAGACAAGGUGAAUCACUGGUGUGAGUGCGGAGUGUAUCUCCUGGCGUCUCAGGCGGUGGACAAGUGUCAGUCUCAGGAGGGUGCGGAGACAGCCCUACUGGAGCUGGAGAACUACAUGACCACGGCGGAGCAACAGCAGCUCGGCCAGCUCAAAGACCUCUACAACCAGAAUGAGUUAGUCCUUACCCAGCCCAUCAAGGUCAAAGUACAGACUGCCUUGAAACGGCUGGAGGAGGCGGAGGAGAUGUUCAGAAAAAGGCGCGUGAGUCUGAAGAAGCUCUCCGCUAAGCAGACCAGGCCUGUCCAGCCCGUGGCUCCACGCCCGGAGGCGUCACCCAAGCGCGCUUUAACCAAAACCCCACGGCCCACAGGACCUACACUGAACCGGAGAGGGUCCGAGCAGAGCUCCUCCAGGCAGCCCUCCGAGGCCGACCCGACUAAAAAGAGGAACAUCCGCAAGUCUAAAGGUGGCAUCAAGAUUGAAGUGAUGCGUGAGGAGAGCCAAGGAGGGUCCACACACGUCCUCGUCCCCAGCGAGAGUGAGGAGAGUCUGUGUGAUAGGAGGAGACACAUAAUGACAGAGCUGAUUGAGACGGAACGACUCUAUGUGGAGGAGCUCCAAAGCAUAAUGCAGGGCUACGCUGCAGCACUUGGUGACUCAGAACUGGCCCAUGUAAUCCCAGCAGUACUGGAGAACAACAGCGACGUGCUGUUCGGGAACCUUCCUGAAAUCUACGACUUCCAUAACAAAAUGUUUCUCAGAGAGCUGGAGAACUGCGUGGAGAAACCAGAGCUGGUGGCCAAAUGUUUCCUGAAGAGGAAAGAAGAGCUGCAGGUGUACGAGAAGUACUGUCAGAAUAAACCUCGGUCAGAAGCGCUCUGGAGGCAGUGUGGGGACAGCGUAUUCUUCCAGGAGUGUCAGAGGCGGCUGGACCAUAAACUGUCUUUAGACGCGUACCUGCUGAAGCCCGUGCAGAGGAUCACCAAGUACCAGCUAAUGCUGAAGGAGAUGCUGAAGUGCAGCAGGAGUUCUGAAGGAAUGGCGGAGCUGGAAGAAGCGUUGGCCACUGUGCUGGAAAUCAUUAAGUCUGUUAAUGAUUCAAUGCAUCAAAUUGCUAUCACUGGCUUUGAGGGUAAUCUGAAUGACCUAGGCAAACUGCUAAUGCAAGGCUCUUUCAAUGUGUGGGCAGACCAUAAGAAAGGUCACAGUAAGGUGAAAGACUUGGCGCGCUUCAAGCCCAUGCAGAGACACCUCUUCCUGUACAAUAACAUGCUUUUGUUCUGCAAGAAGCGCGAAGAGACAUCUGAUGGACAUGAGAAAUCCCCCUCCUACAGCUUCAAGCACUCCCUGAAGAUGAGUGCCGUUGGAAUCACGGAGAACGUCAAAGGAGAUGUCAAGAAGUUCGAAAUCUGGUACAAUGGCAGAGAGGAAGUCUACAUCAUUCAGGCCUCCUCCAUGGAUGUCAAGAACAUGUGGGUGUCUGAGAUCCGUAAAGUGUUGACGGUUCAGCUGGAGGCGUGUCGAGAGGCAAGCCAACUCCACCAGAGGAUCACGGAGAACAUCUACCAUGCUCCCAUGAGGAAUGUACGCAAGGUGUCCCUUCGCCAGUCGGACUCCUCCAGCCCAGAGACAGGCUACAGGCGUGGGGAUGCUGGCCCCAACCUGAGACAAAGACGAGCUGAUGCUCACACCCCGCUCACGUCGGACCACUCCUCUGCUCUGACUAGGAAACGCUUCACCUUGCAGGGCCUGUCCAAUCGCAGGUCUCUGCCAUCAGAGCCAGCGUGCUCUGAGGCAGAGGUUCCACGACGCUUCUCUCUGGCUUCUCCCCUCGGCAGCUCCUCUGCGGCGCGCGCUAAAGGUCCUCCAUCUGCAGGCCUUAAAAGCAAGCGGCAUCAGAUUAAGAGUGACCCCACCCCACUGGGCUACGAAGAUACUUUACGAGGUGCACUGCCUGCCAACAGCAGAACUAAAGGCACAGGAAGUGCCAAGACCAGCGUGCCUAGGUCCUCUUCUCAACCAGGAUGGACGCAACGCCGUUUACCCUCCAUGGACGCCGAAGACUUUGAGACCAUUCCGUCCAGCACCGAGGAGCUCUCCAACUCUUCCGACGGAGACGAGGACAGCAGCGGCAAACACGGGGAACACGAUCGCUUUCAGGUACGGCUGGCGUUUGAGGGUCAGGCGCCACAGGACCUGGUGCUGGAACAGGGAGAUUUAGUGCAGUUCUUAGAGGAGGCCGAGAAUGGCCACUGGCUAGUCAAGAGCCUAAUUACUCUGAAGACAGGGCUGGUCCCGCCCACCGUCCUUCAGCCAGCAGCAAGGGGCAGGGUUUCGUACAGUAACACUGACAUCUUCAGUGACCUGUGCACCGCCGCGCUCACAGACAACGAGGAGACCGACGACAGUGUCAUGAAGCUUCCUACCCAGGAGCACACGUUUGCAUGUUGAACACGCGCACUGGGGCUUUGUCGUUUUCUGUUUUUUGGUCGUUUGUUUUGACUACUCGUACUGUGGUGCCAUGUUUCCGUGACCCACGUGGUCCAUGGGGGGAGGAAGACCACUGCCGCCGUGGCGACGCGGGGACGCCCCGCUGCUGCUAUUUUCAGCCACACUGACAGGGGGCGUGCUAAAGCACCGGACAGUAUUGCCACUACGAACUGUUCCAUCAGUCUCUGAUGCAGUGCAUCCGAAAGGCUCACGCCAAUCAGCCACCAGCGCUGGCUGUCGUUGGCCAAUCAGCCAUCGCCGCUGGCUGCCAUGAGCCAAUCUGCUGUGUCUCCGCAACAACUUCUUGAAUCUCACAGUCGGAGAAGACCACGUCCGUGACGAUCUCGGUCGCUGGGGUCAAUGCAAGGUCUAACGUAUCAAAGCUGCAUUCACCUUGACUGCCCUCGACCAGGUGAAAAGGACGAUAGACGAUGGAUGACUGAAAGGAAAACCAGCCCUGCACGUCGCCUGCUGCCUCCUCUGAUGUUCGUCUUGUCGUUUUCCAUCCCGCUGAAAAUUACUGGGCAGAAUUUUCUCAUAGAUUGGAUUUUUUUUCUUUUGUUUGUUUGGCAAAUACAUUGUUUGUUUAUCAAAUGCAUUGAAAUGGAAAAAGCAAUUUUAUGAAAAUUACAUUUUCAAUUCUGUUGGUCAGGAAAGCAGCACUUUUUAAGAUAACAAUCUAUCAUCUCUAUGUGUAUUAUAUAAGGGUUACAAGCUUUUUAUAUAUUGACUUGUUUGUUAUGUAAACUUUCAUCUGCACAUAUAAUAUUUCUCAAAACUCUUAUUAUUAUUAUCUAAGCAUUAUUUUAAUCAAUCGUUUCAAUAUUUUAAUCAAUAUUUUAUGACUGUUGCAUAAAUACUCCAAUUGUACUGUAAGAACAGAUAGUGUUGCUGUGGGUGAUUGGAUAUGGAUAUUUUACGCUUUUUAUCCAUGUUGACAGAUUCAACUUUUGGACAAAAAAUAAAACAUUUGCAAAGGCCACAGAUAAAUGAGCAAUCAGUGUGUGUGCUGGACAAAACGCAGCUUUUAUAUUUUUGACAUUAUUGACAUUAGAAAAAUUUGGAAAACUUUGAACCAACUGUUUCAUGAAAUGAAAUGUUCCAACUGUGACAUUCCAACUGCACUCACACUAAAAGGAAAUUAAAGUUUUCCAAAUUAUUA